AUGGUAGUGACCCUAUCCAGUCCCAAGUGGAUUGUACGACUGGCCAAAGUGACCUUGUCUCUGUUGACAGUCUUCGUGGUAUUCGACUUCUUCCAGCCGGUCUGGGUGACUGAGGCCACAGGAAUCGAGGCUAAGACAUUGAACUCGUAUAGACUUCGUAGAUAUCUCAAACUGGAUGCUAAGAGGAUUGCAAGGGAGGAGAAUCUUGAACAGCAUGUAUUCCAGGGGAAAAUGAGGCUCGUCUCCAGUUCACAGUCAGCUCAUGCAGCCCUUCAACAGACUCCAGUCGCUCCGGUUGAAGGUUCCCCUCUGGUAUCUGCAAUACCCCUUGAGUUUUCCGAUCCAGCCAUCGUCCACGACAGUCCAACCAGCCAGGCAGCAGAAACCUCAGCUCCGCUUGUUCUUACCACCAAACCAUCAUCCUCUCAAUCCCCUUUCAAACCUUAUCUCCACACGAACCCAUACAAAGGGACUAUGUAUCACAUGUCCACGUCUAUCCACCCUACUAAAGAUCUCGACAAAUCGCACUAUCAGCUCAGCUCGUUGUGGUUCGUCGAGCAAGAUGGGUACGAUGAUUGGAUGGGUUUGCACGUCCAAGCUCGUCUGCCACCUAGUGUUUCUCACCUCAGAUUCGCUUGUAUAUACACCACAGCAGAUGGUAAUCAGACGGAAGAGGUAGAAGCAAUGGUGACUAGGCAAGCGAGGGACGAGUACCUCCUGGUAGAAUGUCAAAUGCCUUCGUGGACUCAAGGUCAGAUGGAUACCUCUGCUUCAGAAUCUGCUAGGACAUCCUCGAUGAACCUUAUCCGUAACGGGUCAGUGGAACUGAGAUCGUGGUUCGACCUUGGCAGGUGCUCGAUCGAAGACACUGCGUCCGCUUCGGCCCAUCUAGCUUGGAGAGAAUCAGCCUGCUUAGAGCAAUCAGAUAACCACGAUACCUUGAUCAAACAGGUUAUGGGACCUGUUCAUACCAUCACUACCUCCGACUGGUCAGCCGCGGCACCUACCAACCAGCUAAGUAUCUGCGUAUCGCCCGUUCGACUUCAACCCUCAGACGAAGAGGAGGGUAUGGUACCACUCAAGAACCUCGUGGAGUGGCGAGUAUGGCACAUGUAUCAAGGUGUAGAUAGCGCCCAUUGGUAUUCUCGUGACCCCAAAUUCCACUCAUGGAUCAACCAGCUCAACCAUCUACUCAACUUACAAGAUACCUACCUCGAUGCUCCGGUUCUCUCCAACCAGUACGCAUCCAUAGCUAAAGAUUACGCAGAUCAAGCUGUAUAUGCAGCCGACUGUCUGAUGCGAUAUGGGUUUCAAGACAAGUUCCAAGCUUAUAUCGAUUUGGAUGAAUUCAUCACUAUCCGUCAAGACCCUUCUCGUAAUGCUACAAUACACAGACUUGAUAGUCUAGAUGAUAAUAUCGGUUCGAUAGCAGCGGACCAUACCUAUUAUGGAGGAGAGCUUUUGGACCUGUCUUUACCUUAUGAAUCGGAUACGUUCCCUCCCAACGGUUACACCCGAUGGGAUACGCUGGAAAAACAUGAUGGUUUUCGUAGACAGAAAUCAAUACAUCGCACUUCGGCAACCAAGAUGCUCUGGGUACAUUCAUCAGCUGGUCUAGGUGGAUACUAUAUGAGGAAGGACGAUACGAUCUCUUCAGAGGAUAAAGAUGGAUCGCUGGAGAUUGUACAUAAUAGGAAUAAUAAACCUGAUAAAUUGACUUUCGAUAUACCCGUUGAUCACGAGACGAUUGAUUCGUGGAAGGAUACCUGGAUGGACCUUGCGAGAAUACUUGAUAGUAGUGAUCUCGAGCCAUUGCAUGUAUUUAGAUUAUGA